AUGGCAAGUCUCCCGGAAACUCGUGCCAAUCGAUCUAGAGCUUUCGCACGUGUUCGCGUGGAUUAUUUUGGCCCUCUUUCAAUCAAGGGCAAUAGCGUGUCAACAAAAAGGUGGGUAAUAUUAUUUACAUGCUUUACAACAAGAGCCAUGCAUCUCGAAUUAGUAAAAGACCAAUCCGCAGAAACCUUUUUGCAUGUUAUCCGAAGAUUUGUUGCAAGACGAGGGUGUCCUGAGCUAAUUCUGAGUGACAAUGCCACUCAAUUCCAGGCUUUCAGAUCUCUUAUGACACAAAUCAAAGUCUCCAACUUCUUAGCAAAGGAAGGAAUGACUUGGAAAAAUAAUAUACCAAAGGCUCCGUGGCAAGGAGGAAUCUACGAGAGAUUAAUUGGGUUAACGAAAAAUGCGCUAAGAAGAGCCACUGGCAGAAAAUUCCUAGCGGAAAGGGAAUUGGUAAUAUUAAUUGCAGAAGUUGAAGGUAUACUUAAUACUCGACCACUAACUUACGCCAAUUUUGACGAUUGCGUCAUUAUACGUCUAAUUGAUUUUAUUUUGCCUAACGCUUCGCUCCAUCUACCUAUACACCCCUUAUAG